AUGUGGGUAUGGCCAUCCCGAGGGCAUAAAGGAGUUUGGAUCAUUUCUCGGCGAGUCCUUGCUGCUCAGUUUGAUUAUCAAGUUACCGAUACAAAGGCAGAGACAAAACGCACUCGAGUUGCUACAAAUGUCGAUGGUAUUGUGAAUCAUGUUGCGAAUCGUGUGAUUACUUCCCAUCAGCAAAUCGAGAGGAGAGAUUUCAACAAGAAAACAGUUCAUGGAGGACAU